UAACGACUCAAAUCGAUGACUAUAAUGGCGAAGAACAAAGCAAGGCUAAGGAUAGCUCACGAUGAAAUCUUGUAUUCGUAAUUUUGGUAUGAAUUAUGAUUGUGUGUAGUAAUAGUGAGUUUGUAAGCUCUCUCGCAGAACCAUUUGUGUUUUCUUAUGAGACGAUAUUUUUAUUAUACUUCUAUUUAGCCAACCCAUAUCUAUCGAAAACUAAUCAUUUACCUAGGAAUGACCCUGCUAGCUGAAAAAUGAGUGUUGUUAAUUUCGGUAAUUAGAUAACGGCGUAAUAUGUGACUAACACAGUCUAUAUACUGUACUAUUUUACGCCACUAUCUACCUAGGUAUAUUUUAAUUAUAAUAAAUUAAUAUAUUAUAAAAUCAUAUUAACGACGUAAAAUUUACAGUAUAUACAUUUACCGACUGGAGGAAAUUACGCCGUUAGUUAACGGGGUAAAAUCUUAUAGUAUGUAUGAUACCAACUCGAAGGAAAAAUCUUACAGCAUGUAUAUUAACCGACGGAGCCAAUUUACGCCGUCAGUUAACGGCGUGUAUUAUUCCGGCGACUGGGUGAAAUUACGCCGAUAGUUAAUGGCGUGUAUUAACCGACUGGGAGAAAUUACGCCGAUAGUUAAUGGCGUAUAUUAACCGACCAGGAGAAAUUACGCCGAUAGUUUUUGGCUUGAAAUCUUACAGUAUGUAUAUUAUAAAGAUUGAAUAGAAUUACGCCGUUAGUUAACGCAUGGGCGUUAAAAUCUUACAGUUUUCGCAAGUUAACGGCGUAAAAUCUUACAGUAAGCAUAUCCCCAACUGGAUAAAAUUACGCCUGUAGUUAACGGCGCAAAAUCUUACAGUAUUUACAUCACCGACUGAAAAUUUUGAACGGUUUGUUACGCCAUAAGACUGAGCCAAAUUACGCCGUUAAUUAACGGCGUAACGUACAGUUUGUAUAUUAAAGAUUGAAUGAAAUUACGCCGUUAGUUAAUGGCGUAAAAUCUUAAAGUAUUUACAUCACCGAUUAAAGGAAAUGACGCCUUUAGUUAACGGCCUAACACAGAUACGCAAACACACACACACACACACACACACACACAAAAAGCAAGACGAAACAAAUUAGGCUGUAAUAAAUUUCUUAGGUCAUCAAAGGAUUCUUAGAAGCGCGAAUGCUGCGGUGGAUAAAGCCUUCUGUGUAUUAAUGAAACAUAAAGUACACAUACUGUAAGAUUUUACGCCGGAAAUCACAAUCGUAAUUUGGCUCAGUCGCUGUUUAUAAAUACUGUAAGAUUUUACGCCAUUAACUAACGGCGCAAUCUAGCUCAGUCUGCACAUAUACAUACUGAAAGAUUAUAUGCCGAUAACUAACGGCAUAAUUUUAUUCAGUUGGUUUAUUUAGAUACUUUAAGAUUUUUACUGAUUCCUCAGUCUAACCGUGUCGUUGGUGACUAGUUUGAGUGCAUUUCAUUCGCUCAUGGUUAAACGGGAACUCAUUGUAAACAACUCCAUCGUUGGGUCGCUUGAUCUCUACGUGUUUUCGCUAUAACUCCUGAUAACUCCGUUCAAAAUGCAUAUCAACUCUAAGAAGGUGUUUAAAAGAGGUGUACUGUCGUGAUUGAGAAAAAUAUUCAGUAAACACUAAAUUAUGAAGAAAAACGAGUAGUGUUGAAAUCUAGAAACACGAAACGAAAUGACAGCGAUAAAAAUCAUCGAAAAAAAUAUUUAAUGGGCUUCAAAAUUUGAUAGGUGAAUCUGCAGACUCGAGACUUAACUGGAAUGGAAUAAUUUAAUUUCAAAGUUUAAUCGCCCCUGUGGAUUCAUAUUAACAACUCACUUGUAGUAAACUAUCGUCGGUUUGUGCUCGUUACACUCUCAAAGAGGAUAAUUUCGUUGUCCUUCAAGUGGUCUAUGAAACCGAAAAUUCAAAGCUGAUAAUGAUCCUAAAGAGCCAAGGUUAGGAUAUUCAAGAACAAACAUAACGUGGACGGUUCGUUGAAACGACUGCUAAGUCACUUUUCAACACAACGCGACGGCCUUCUCGACCCAGUUUUACUCGGCAUUUUUGCUGUGCACGCCGUUCUGAAAUGACGUUCCCGUCCUCUUGCUAAAUCACUCUAUUAAAGUAAGACGAAACGAAAUUAAUAUUGCGAAAGGUGGUGAGUUUUUACCAUACAUGAGUAAAAAUCUAUGUAAAACAUAAAAUAUGUCACGGCAACUUAUCAGUUACAAAGAAUAAUUCGGUCUCCCGCUGUUUUUAUAACAGGACGUGCUAUAAUUCCUUACUCAGCAAUUUUCCUUCAUGGCAUCAAAGAAUUAGAAAAGAACAAAAAGCAUAGAAAUUAUACUAACAAUAGGAAAAUCGAAAUUUUCGAACCAUAAUCGAUAAGAAUUUCCAUUUUUGUUGUAAAAUUAAGACGCAGUUUUGAACUUCUUAAAAUGUAGAAAUACAAAUUUUCCGUUGAGUGAGAGGGAAAUUUUGAAUCGUAACGUACAUGUAGCUGGAGUUUUUAUCUAUUUGUCAGGAACAGCACGCUUUCAUUUACUAAUAUGCACGACUGAGGCAUCUUCUAUAAUCAGUCUUUGUGGCCACUAUCUCCUAUAGGAGGCAGACUUUCUGUUUUGCAUGUGAGACAAAUAUUCUGCAACGCUACGAUCUAGCGUCAUUAUACAACCUCUAGUUCUUUUCAAUGCUUUAAAAUCGCGCUAUAUCAGCAGCCACAUGCAUUCAUCGACAACCGGUCUAUUUUUAUUUUAAAUCCUUUAACUGAACCCUCAUGCGGCACACCUGGGUGACGUGCUGGAUAGCGUUCAUUCUUUUUUUCUUCGACGCCAUAAUCUAUUAUCGACUUAUUAUUAAGCGGUUCGCAGAACCACAUAGGUGUAAGACUCGAGAGCGAAAACUCAACCAUUUAUUUACAGGUAGUUUAAUAAAAAUCCACAAAUGCUCCAGCAAUCAAGCCGAGUAAACAUCCAGUUAGGCAGUAAGGCAGGUUCUCUACGAACAAAAAAAUUACACCUUCAGCGACUGAUAUUACAAUACACACGAAAUACAGUAGAACUAAUUGAUUGUUUCGAGUUUAAAGUGACCAUAACUCAACAAUUUUGGUUAGCAAAAUAUGCCAGUAUGAACACGUCGACUAGUGCUUUUUCGACAAAGUACAUGACUGAUGUCCCGGAUGUUGACGUCAAAAUACAGGCACGAAAUGGGAGCUACACUCGUGUUUAUUUCUUUCCGGCUAAAAUGUAAAGCGUUGCUUUUAGGACCAUGAAUGGUAUUAAAAGAAAGUUGUCAGGGAGAGAGUGGGAGUGAAAUUCUUCUGGCGUGUGUAUGUGUUUUUUUUGGGGGGUUUGGAGGGUAACAUCUUUGCGGGAUUUUUCACGAUAUAAUUUGACGGAGGUAACUUAGGAAAAUAUUUUUUUCCCUGACACAACGACAACUUUUCAAAAAGAGAACAAUGGGAGAAAACGCAAGAAAACAUGGAGAAGAAGGGGAGACAGGAUAAUUCAGAAAAAGCACGCGUGCCAAAAGAGGAAAAAAACGCGGAAGGCGAUAUUAAAGAGAACAAGGCAAACAGAAUCAAGCAUUGGGUCAGAAGAAAGGCUUGGGGAAUUACACGGGGUCGAGGUUUUAGGACGAGAAACCGCUGAAGAGCAAAUUUCUGCUUUGAUUGCAUUUUUUAUCACGACUUCGCUAUGUUAUAUUCCUUUUUUCUCUUAGACUUCAUUUUGAAGGUAUGAAUGCUACAGAGUGUCAUUUUUCACAAUAUUUAUUCCAUAAAAAACCUUCUUGUUCUCUUUGUAGGGGUCCAGGCGUCCAGAAACUCAGUAACGACCAGAAGAUGCCAGGCUACGUGCUUUCCAAUGCUGAGAAACAACGGCUCGGCUCCAAGUAUACUUGUAGUUCAUGUGGUUAUCUUUUACGGGAUGCUAUGCAAACUUCUUGUGGUCAUUUCUACUGUAGUUCUUGUUUGGCCAGCUUAUUUCAGUAAGUUCGAACAUUUGGGAAUUAUACUUCAAAUUGUGCUUAUCAAUGUUGUUGCCAAGAACAGUUUUCGGUUUUUGGUACCACACUCGUUUGAUGCUAUAUGUUACAACAGUGUACAUUACUACCUUGGUUUGACACUGUAGCUUCAUUCAGUCAUACAUUUAAAUCAUUAUGCCAUGCAAUUUUUCCCUUCUAUUUGCUAUACAGCACAUCUUGUGGCCUUCAAAUAAUGCCUUCAAAAAUUGGUCUGCCCAUACUUAGUGUUGUCUGUUACUUUUUGAGGAAAAUGAUUUGGGAAACAUGUUUGCUUAACACCAUACUGUUCUAGAGAAAGCCAUAGUCCCAAAGUUUAUCUAUUGUCUUGCUUGAUUUCUUGUAUCAAAGAAGAUAAAAUUUCUGCACAGCCCCACACUAUUGUGAAACAAAUCUGUUUUCCCAAUGGCAAUGUAUUGUUUUUGUCAUUGUUUUCUCUAUUCAAGAACUGAAUGCAUAAUGUAGUAUGGAGCUGUGCGGAAAUUUUACCUCAAAGAACUGUAUGCAUAAUGCUGUUUGGGGUUGAACUAAAAUUGUUUCCUCAAUUAUAGGCUUCUGUAAAUAAUUUGUUCGCAAGCCAUGGACAAAUCCUGUUUAUUUUGGUUUACCCUGUGCUAUAACUGUAUUUGUCAGUGCCAUAAAUUUCAUGAACAAGGCUUAUGACAGUUUGACAAGAUACAAUUUGGUUCUAUUUGAAUUGCAAUUACCAGUAGCUGAUAUUAUUUGAUACAAAUAUAUAUCCAUCUUGAUAAAAUGCAUUAAAGUUGUGACUUAAUGCCAUUUAGAGAUGGAUCUACAAGAAUGACCUGUCUACAGGACCAGAAAGAGUUUCUCCCAAAUGAGGUAGGACUUCAUUAUUGUAGCAAAACCAAAUUUUGAUGUCACAAAUGCAAACUAAUGAUAGUUUCCUUAUCAUAUUGGCAGGAAAAACUGCCAAUAAUAAUUACUCCAGCCUAUAUAUUGAAUAAAAAAGUUGUUAAAUUUUGAGCUUGGUCAUAAAAUAAAGAGAGAUCACUUUUGCCUUGCUAUGAGCAUGGGAUAAAGGAAAAUUUAACCCUAUGUCCUUAUAAUGAAUGGUACCUCAGACCUUCAGAUACAGAGCUCCAAUGUACUGCCACUAUGUUGCAGUUACUCUGUGAUUAAGGUGUGACUACCUAGCUCAGUGAAAUAGAACAUCAGAGCCCAGAAUUUGUAGGUUUGGGGAACAAUUUAUCAGAGGGACUUGAAUUCUUUUCUUUUUCCUAUGCUAGUGACAUCAUGGAAACAUCUUUCUUUAUUCUUGUAUAUCUCAACUACACAAGGAACUUUAACCCUUCCUCAUCUUUUGAGAACUGAACAAAUGAGAGUGCCCCCACUGCAAUUCAAUGACAUUAGGUUGAGGACAGUUUGAUCACUGUACUUGAAAAACAUUAGUGUAAAUUGCUUGGUGUGUCUUUUAAUUAGUUUAUUUCAACUUCCUUUAGGAUUUUACUUUCACUUAUCCUUAAACAUUUCCUCUCAAUAUCUCUAAAGGUUUUUCCUGAUAACUUCAUGAGACGUGAAGUACAAGCCUUUGUUGUUAAUUGUACUUUUGAGGAGGAAGGAUGCAAUUGGAAAGGAGAAGUCAGACACCUAGAGGUAUAGUAAAUGUUUAAUUGGGUUAAUUGUCAUGCACUAACCUACAUUCCAAAAAUUUCAACUCAAAGAAUAUUUGGUCCUAAUAAAUGGUAUUUGAAUCAUGCCAUCAAAAUACUAUGGCUUAAUACAACAGUUCCUGUGACAAGACCCUGAGAUGAUACACCACUGUAGACAGUGUGCAUAAAGGGGCUAUGUCAUAAAACUCGUACGCUAUUUCCAGAUCAUGCUUUGGCUGCAAUGUUAGAAGUACAUGUAGCUUCAGUGAUCAUUUUGAAUUUAGAGAAAGAAAAUAACACUAUCACCCUAACAGCAACCCAUUAUCACACUGACAUGAGCUAAUUUACAAUUAUUAGUAGUGCUCUAACAAUCAGUGAAGCAGAAGAGCUACAUGUUGAGGGCAAGGUUUACUAUGAGUUCCAGGAAUUCUUCCUGCUCGGAGUGUUGUAUUAAGCUUUUUCAAGGGAAGCUUUUUCAAGGUUAUGAAUGAAAGGAGGUCUUAUAAGAGGUCAAAAACCUUUGAUUGAGGGUUGGUUGUAGUGGGCAGUCAUUUUGAUCAUUUUGAAUCCAGAGAGUGUGGCUAGCAACUUAUGAAAAUAGGUGUUCAGUUAUAUUGUUCUGUUACUCUCCAAGUUGCUGUUGAAGAACACUGAGACGUGACUUUGGUCACAGAAACCUGGUAAAACAGGGUUUAAAAGUUCUGCUGAAAGACUUAUUGUAUUAUGGUCCUUUCUUGUUGUACAACCUGCUUGUGAAAAACUGCAUAUAUUGUGUUUGUGUUUCCAAAUACAGCCAAUUUGAAGGCCUCCUGCUUGAAGGAGAGACUGUAUUGGUAAGCUAAUCAAUAUUGUGUCCAAAACAGAACCACUUGAGUAACUGUGAGUUCCUUAAAAUUCCCUGUGUACAUCCUGAGUGUGGAGCACAAGUGAAAAAAUCACAUCUUACCCAACACUUGGAAAAGGAAUGCAAGUGCAGACUGGAAACCUGUGGAUUCUGCAAGAAGCAAAUCAAACUUAAUAAGAUGAAGGUAUGUUAUUUCAAAUACAAAGCAUUUUGCAAUUCUUGAGAUAAUUUGAAUUUGUAUGUAAGCCUGACCCUUUUCCCCUUGCCGGCACUCGCUUUUACUUUGAAAUUUCUAGUUUCAGUGGUAUUAUCCUCUUAGUCUGUGGAACCAUUUGCAGAACAUCUGUUCAAUUAAACUCAUUUUUUGUGUGAAAGAUGUCUUUGGCUAAUGCAGAAAAAGCAGAAAUAUUUUCAUUGAUAAUUUAGACUGCUGAGACAGUUAACAAGUGCACAAAGUUUGUUUUUUGUCAGUUGCACCUACUGUACAUAGUAAACUGACAAAUGGUUUACAGUUGAUGUUCAUUAUACUUAACCUGGCAUUCCGCAAGGCUUCAAAAUUUAAAGCAUAGGUAGCUAUCAGGGAUGUUAAUAGAGGUUAUGUGUAUGUUUUCUAUGACACUGUAUUUGCCAAAGGUAACUCCACCUUUCAAAUUGUGUGGUUUUACAGCAUCAUCAUGAGACAGAUUGCCCAGCAUAUCCAGUUGUAUGUCAAAAAUGCAAUAAAGAUGGAAUUCCUAGAGCAAAGGUAAACUAUAAAGAUAUGAUUUGAUUAAAAUGUUUCUCUUGUUUUGAAUUUUCCAAUCAGACCAUGCUUUAUCGAUGGUUUUGGGUUGGAAACAAAGGAAUAUGAAACACUACAUGUUGCAGGGAAAACUGGUGUGAAAAAAUUUGAAUUGAAACACUUCAUAUAAAUUAUGGAGCCAGUAUUGAAAUCUUCUAGUGAAAUUUGGUCAGUAGAGUGCAUAGUACAAUUUGGAAUGUUGUUGGUAUGUGCCGUUGUGUGUAUGGUCUGGUCACAGAAACAUGAAACAUGUCAUCAUUUUAAUAAUUCUAAAGCACCUGAUUUUGCUUUCAAGUCGUUUAGUUGCAUGUUUAAAAUUGGACAUGAAUGUUAUGGCAAUAUAAUUGUUGAAGCCAGUGUCUAAUAGCUUUUGAUGGUAGGAAUUGGAGAAAAGCUUGAAAUUGAAUAAUUUAAAACAAUUCUUGAAUGUAAAUUCCAGGUAAAGUUGUCUGGGUAUGAUACCCAACUAGGGUUGUUGUGUUGUGUUCUAGCGAAAAAAAAAAACAUUUAGUUUUUGCGCCACCCCACACCCAAGGGAAUACAUUGAUAUGGUGACCCUGUCAAUGAGACAGAAUAUAAGCAGUAUUGAGAACAUUGGUACACUUCCAAAGAAAAGAAAACACUUUUUAGUCGUGUUUCUCCGAAGAUAAUUCAGUUUGUUUCUUGAUUUUUAUAAACGGAGUAAAACUUCAUUUUCACGGUGUAUCCUCGAGAUAUCAUAGCUUUCGUCGUGUAAAGUUGGUAUCUUUCCUCUCUUUAAUUAAGCAUAACAUUGUAUCCUUUCGUUUUGUACGUCAGCUUUUACAACAUCAAGAUCCAAUAAUGGGAGACUGUGAUAGUGUACAGGGACCGUGCCCAUUUUCACAGAUUGGCUGCUCUGCAACUGAGGUACUUAUUGACAGCCUUAUACUAAAAUUAUGUUAAUAUGGUAUAGCUCCUCAAUAAACCAAUAAACUCGAUGAAAGGGGGAAUACAGAUACGUGUAUUCGCGUCGAAGCACGUCAUGUCUAGAAAACUCAAUGAAGUCCCAGCCACACUGUUUUAAUCGUGUUUCACUUCGGGGCCCCGUCCAGGUCCAGCGUGUGUUGAAAAGGAGGCAUUUAGUUCGAUUUUAGUAUAGCAGUACAUACUACUAACAGUGGAACCUGUAUUAAGCUACCACCCACUGGGAAUGGCGGGGGCCCGCUGAAUACAGGUUGACCACCUAUACUGGGUCCACGGAAUAGGGUGCGGUAAAAAACGGUUUUAUGCCAUGAUUGACCACUUCUUGUACAAAAACUUGCUCAAAAAUACUAUUAGCUUUGAUUUCGGGAGACGAAGAUGGAUAAGAUAUACUUUAAAGCUUAUUCUUAGUUUUAUUUGAGUGGCUCCCCCUUAGGUGACCUUUCAGUGGUGACGGGUAGAAGACAAUAGGAUAAGGCCGUUGGCACUCAGCACAGGGUUACCACGACCGCUUAAUAGAGGUGACCACCUAAAAGAGGUGGAAAUUACAGUGGGAAAGAAUUUCGGGACUUUGACAACCGACCACUUAAUACAGGGUAACCGGGUAAUACGGUGCCGCUUAAUACAGGUUCGACUGUACCUCUAAACAGUUUUGAUAGUUGCUGCAUAUCGUAUCGCAAGCAUAAGGGAACCGCAUGGGAAGUAAAGGAAACAGGCAACGCCAAGAAGCUGGGAACCCUUUUAAUCUUAAAAUAAACCAAAGAUACACAUGUAUGCUUUCGUUCGGUCCGUAGAAGAUCGAUUUGAUAGCCAAGGGACUUGGAUAAGUUUGUGGGACUCUUCUUUUGUGUGGGUUUGAUUGAUCAUGUGACUGCUGAUGUACGUGUAUCAAUUCCUAAAUCGUCUUGGCCUGUUAAGUGUACAUUGAAAUCUUUCCUAAUGGCACACUUCUCUUCCACAGGCCCUCACCCAAAAGCAGAGGAAAGAGCACCUGGAGAAACAUAAUACAUUCCACACUACUCUGCUUUUACAUUAUGCUAUACGAAUGAGCAAAGAGAUGGAAGCACUUUUAGUGGGUGACCCCAGAAUUGUGUCUAGAAACCCACACAUCCUCUCAAAUUACGACAGUGUAAUUGCAGAUCUUCUCGCUCAAGUUCAAACUCAGGCGGGUGAAACGAGGAAUUUACGCGAAAAAUGCCGAGAGCACAGUGACAGAAUUACCGCCUUGGAGAGGAAAGUGGCUUCAGGAAAUCUGUCGGGUUCCGCUACAACUGCCCAAAUACCUGGCGAGUCGAACGGUGGUACACAAAACCCAGAAGUUACACGAAGGAUUACCAACGUUGAAAACCGAACCGCUGACCACGAAGUUCUUCUGGUAGAGAACAAUCGCACAAUGGAGGAAGUUAGACGUGACGUGGGUAAUAUGAAAAGGCAACUUGAUACCACCCAGGAGAGUACCAGAAGGCAUGACAGAAGGAUUGAAUCUAUAGAGCACACACUGGCACUCAGGAACGUAACCCUGGCUGAUUUGGAGGAGUAUGUAAAACAGCAAGAGUUCUCAAGCUACGAUGGCCAGCUGUUGUGGAAGAUUCCUGAUUAUGCUCGCAAGCGAAAUGACGCAGUGACAGGCCAGCAAGUCUCUUUCUAUAGCCCUUGUUUCUACACCAGUCGCUAUGGCUACAAAAUGUGCGCUCGCAUUUACCUGAACGGGGAUGGAAUGGGAAAAGGAACGCACAUCUCGAUCUUCUUUGUGGUCAUGCGCGGUCAGUAUGACGCGCUGCUCCGUUGGCCAUUCAGACAGAAGGUCACCUUCAUGUUGCUGGACCAGGACAACGUGGAACACGUGAUUGACGCCUUCAGACCCGAUCCGAACAGCUCAUCUUUCCAGAGGCCAAGAAGAGAAACAAACAUCGCCAGCGGGUGUCCGAUGUUCUGCUCGCUUGCUGAGCUGAAUAAUCACGCAUAUGUCAGGGACGACGCCAUGUUCCUGAAAAUAAUUGUGGAUAUUUCUGAUCUGUGAAGGGGAACUUUGAGUUGUGGUUUGUCAUUUGUUUUGAAAUUACCUUCUUUUUUCAUUUGACAUUACCAUUGCUCUGACAUGGCUUGUACAUGCUGCAUAGGUGAUACAUGGCAGUUGUUAUCGUUUGUUUUGUACCUGAAAUGACGAGCAUUUUCUUCGUUUGGCAGGACAGUUUUAAUUUUGAUUUGAUUAUCUGAUCUCAAUGUGGUGUAAAGGAAAGUCUGUUUCUCUUUAUUACAAUUGUGGCAGUUUAAGCUAUCAGCUUGCUCUCCGUCAAGUCGUCUUAAUGUUAUACCUUUACCUUCACCCACGAUCGAUUACAGUGUAAGUUCUCGGCAUGAAGCGCUAUGCAGAGCUAUGGUAAAUAGUUUUUUUUGUUUCCAAUUGAAUUAUAAGUCAUAAGAUUUUUUCUGGAUUUGAUAAUUUAUGAUGAUAUUGCUAUGCGAUUGAUGUAGGUGCAGUGUUUUUCUAAAACGGGUAAUUCGGUAGCUGUUUGCUUCAGCGAAUGAGGUAUGGUGCCAAUGACUAAACGUAAUUCGGAGUGACAUAAGCUAAAGUUGACGAUUUAAUUAUUUUUUCCUACGUUUGGUUGAUUUUGAUUUUUGCAGUUUUGCGGUUGAGAUUGAUUAAAACCAUAACAAUUUUUGUGUAACUGCUAUUAAGUGCUCAGCAUCUACACACUAGUUAGUUUGUUGUCCACGUAAAGUAUUGCUUAGUUGGUAACCCUACGCAUAGAGAAUAACAAUUUUGGUUUAUAUUGUGUGAGUUGCCUUAUGUGCCCACUGAGGCACAGUCCGUUUCUGAUGGCGAUGAAGAAUGAUCAGUUUUGAAUCAACGAAAAUAAAACGAGUGUUUAGCUUCGGUAAAACAAAUUUUGAUUAUGAAAAAACGCAAUCAUACAGUGUAGGCAAUGUUCUCUUCUGUUUUUAUGUUGUGGAAUGCCUUUCCGCGAUGCGUCGAGAAUUCAGACUUAAGCUGGACUUCGGCGCCAUUGAUAGGAUCUCUUAAAUAUUUUUUUAAAGAAGGUUUUACCAUUCUUGGAAGUUGAUUUUUAAGCAUGUAAGGAGUGUGAAGUCACGUCUGCAAGCAUCUCCUUGAACGAUUGUAGUGCAUUCGAUUCUCCUUUAAGACUAUCUAACACUUCAGCUUCGUAACGAGAGCUUACUAUUAUGGCGGUCUCAGUCACGAGGAAAAUUUUCGUUAUCUUUCGAAAGUGGUUGCUUGAGAUGGUCAAUCAGAGAAUUUGCAGUGUCUUUUUUUUGGUGUCUUUUGUGCUGACCUCCUCGCGGUAGACACUGGAAACGCUUUUUGCCGGUUGUUAGGUAGGGGUCUUUUUGUGAUUCUUUUUUCGCGCAAAGCAAAAACAAGUGAAGACUUGGGAAGAACUGCCAGUGAUAAAUUGUCUGCUGGAUCACAGACGUAAGUUCGUUAAACUGAGGGAAAAACUGUGGAAAAUUAUUCACUAACCCCAGUCGUCCUUAUGUAUUUUGGAAAAUUAUUGCAAGUUUUAGCUACAGGGAAGAUCUCUUCGACAUGAAACCAACUUGAUGAUAGUUUUCCUUAUGUGAUCAGAGCAUUUUAGAUAAAAAACAGUUUGUUUUUGUGAGUGAAUCGAGCUCAAGGGGCCGGGUGGGUUUCUUUUUCUGCUAGAUGUCAUCUGCAAUAAAGCGGCUAACAGCGCACAUAUCGGGAGCAAUGUAUGCGUGGGUUGUCGAGGGUUGCCACCAAGUCGAACGUAAAGUUAUAACAUUCCACAACAUAAAACAGAAUGGGCCACCUUCUCUCAGAGCGUAUCUUUUUUUUGAUUUCUUGAAGGGGCCAGUUACUAUCUAUGCACGCAAAUAGACUCAAAUAAUGUCGUGAAAAUACCCGAACUGAUAGAUGUCUACUCAGAGCAGUUAUAAUUUGAAGUCAGUAAUUGUUUAUAGAUUAAUGUAACACACCAAGUGAAAAUAGCUAAUUGUACUGAAAAUAACUUCACGUUGGUUAUACGCUAUCGCUUGAUUUUUCUUCCACAGUCGAACUAUAUUUUGUUACUUUACUGUUUUACAUAUGCAUGGUGUAAACUUUCUUGCUGAGAGGGCCAAUAAAAUAUGAAAAUGUCCUAUUUGAUGAACUUUUCAUCCCGGGGUUCUCACCGUUAAAUGCUGAAGGG